UUCCUUUCCAAACUAAAGUAUAUCGAUGAUUAAUAAUACAAUCCAUCAAAAAAAAAAAAAAACUUUGAUAAUUAGGUUUCAAACUUUUCAUAUUCCAUGCACAUAUUAUUAACUGAAAUCAUAAAUUAAUAAAGUAAUUAUCAUUAAGAGUUACGAAAUUCUUAAUUAUUCAGCCUCUUCAACUCUACACCCGUUACAUUUGUCUCUAUGGCUACUCUAUACACACCUAUAAAUCACCAUGUCCGAAAUUUCACUUCAUCAUUCUCUCUUCUCCCUAUUAUACCACGUAUUUUAUAUUUUCACACUUCCCAUUUCAAAGAUUUCAUUUUCAGAAAAAUUAAAAAAUCCAUGGCUUCCUUCAAACUUCUACUAAUACUACUAGUCUCAUGGCUUCUAACAACAACUAUUAUGGCAACAAAUUUGUCCAAAAUUAAACCAGGAGAAGAUAUUGCUGCUAGACUUCAAGUACUCGAAGGCGAAAACGGAGGAGGAGAAGCUAGCAUGCCAGUGUGCUGGAACGCGUUAUUCGAGUUAAAAUCGUGCACAAACGAGAUCAUACUAUUUUUCUUCAAUGGUGAAUCUUAUUUAGGAAAAGAUUGUUGCAAGGCUAUAAGGAUUAUUACUUAUAAUUGUUGGCCUUCUAUGCUUAGUUCUGUUGGAUUUACUGCUGAGGAAGUUGAUAUUCUUCGUGGUUAUUGUGGCACGCCUUCACCUGAAUCUGCUGUGGAGUUUCACGUUUAAGAUGACUUUGCGUGCAUGCAGAAAAUUAAGGGUUAUGUAUUUGGGUUUUAUGGGAA